AUGCAUGUGGUUCCUUCUAAUUAUGUAAAAAUCAGCAUAUCUGUCAACGUAGGGUAAAGACACAAGACAGACAAGAAUAAAAGACAUGUGGGAGCUGUACCCAUUCCACUUCUGCUUUGACCCUCAUAUAAACAAGAAUUCGCAUCUAAUAAAGAAGCCGUAAGACUGGAAAUACAAGGACAUUUGUUCAGUUGCAACAUGCAGACGGAGACAUGCCUUCACAUUACCCAGGGGAGGUCAUGUUAUUCACACUCCACAAUGAAUGGACUCUGUAGCACAGCUCCUCUGGACCUCCACAACACACAGAGAAUAAGACAUACUGCAUGGAAAUCCCGAAUACAUGACUUUAUGCAGAGUCCAUUGCCGUGGAGGAAAAUCUACAGGCAAGCAACAAAUGAAACAAGCCUGCUGGGGGAAUCUCUUGAGACACUUCUUUCCCAUAAACGUGGACAAAUAGUGUUUCGGGAUUUCCUAAAGUCUGAGUUCUGUGAAGAAAACCUGGACUUCUGGCUCGCCUGCCAAGAGUACAAAACCCAUGAGAGUCCAGAGAAGCUGAGAUGGAGAGCGGAAAACAUUUAUGAGGAGUUCAUCACGGCUGAGUCGCCCAAACAGGUAAACUUGGAUUUCUCCACAAGAGAUGCGAUCAGCCGGAGUCUUCAGCAGCCGACUGCGUCUUGUUUUGUUGCGGCACAGAAGAAAGUCUACAGCCUGAUGGAGAAUGGCUCCUUUCAACGCUUUAUUCAUUCGGAGCAAUACAAAGUUCUAUCUGACGCAGCCUUGAAGCAGAAAGGCCUCAGGAAGCACCGGAAAGCCUUGAAAACCAAAAGCACCGGAGAUCUACUCCAGCCUGAUUCAAAAGCGAUCCUCCUGCAGCGUGACCUCCAUCUCUGGCAUGGGGACUGACAGCACCCAUGUAAAAGGUGCUAAAGUACCAAACAGACUGAGCAACUGUUGUUAAGAGACACUGUGCAGCCACUUUCAUACCAUCUGAAAGGUGUCUAAUGGACUGAACAAACUGCACACACUGCCAUCAGGUGCACAGUGAACAAACAGCAUCACAAAAGGCUAAAGGUACAACUGGCUUUCAGCCCAGCGCUGCCUCUGCUUCAGGAAGCAAAUGGCAAGACUGAAAACCGUAUUAUUUAGGAUCUUAUAGAAAGGAAAGCCACAUAACUGCAGGACUAUUAUGAAUUUUGUGAAUUUGCACUUUGUAUAAUAAGAGAACAUAUAUACAGUCAUGGAAAAAAAAAUAUUAGACCACCCUUGUUUUCUUCAGUUUCUUAUUCAUUUUAACCCUUUCAUGCAUGAACUGUGAGAACCUUGUGUGAGUGUUGAGUGUUUUUAUUCCUCU